AUGGGAGGACAGAAAUUUCAGUAUGAUGAAAGCGGAGGAACCUUUUUUUAUUUUUUACUCUCUUUUCUUGCUUUAUUGUUAAUUCCCGGUACAUAUUAUUGGUGGCCGAGAAAAGAAAAAGAAGAUCCAAACGAAGUGGAAAAACAGUGCAAAUGUCCUCUUUGUCAACGAAAAAAAAUAAUUUUGUCACAAGAUCAACCAUGGAAAAAAACAAAAGAAUAUGCAGUGAAAUCUGUAAUUAUAUUAGGGUGGGUAGUCCUUGUAGUAUUGGCAUACAGAGUUUCUCAAUUUGAUUAUGAAAUGGCCAAUUUUGAUCCAUAUGAAAUUCUCGGAAUUCCACUUGGAGCAUCUGUCCAGCAAGUUAAAAAAGCUUAUAAGCAGCUUUCAUUAAUUUACCAUCCUGAUAAAGCCACAGGAAAUGAAAAAAUGUUUAUGAAGUUAACAAAAGCUUAUCAGGCUUUAACGGAUGAAGAAGCCAAGCGAAAUUUUGAAAAAUAUGGUAAUCCAGAUGGACCUGGAGCCAUGUCAUUUGGAAUAGCUCUUCCAUCUUGGAUUGUCGAAAAAAAGAAUUCUGUUUGGGUUCUCGGUUUAUAUGCUUUAGUAUUUAUGGUUGCUUUGCCUACAGUUGUAGGGAUGUGGUGGUAUACUAGUAUAAGAUAUUCUGGUGAUCAAGUGUUGCUUGAUACCACACAAAUGUAUUAUUAUUUAUUUCAUAAAACGCCUAGUAUGCCCCUAAAAAGGGUUAUUAUGAUAUUAGGAGCUAGUUUAGAAUUUGAAAAAAAAUAUAAUAAUGAAAUAGUUGAAAGACCAACGGAUGAUAUAGAAGUUCCACAGUUAAUAAGGCAGUUUACCUAUUUGGGUGAAAAAAACAAAGAAAAACCGUUAUGUUAUCCUUAUUCUAUAAAGGCGAGAGCUUUAUUACAUGCUCAUUUAUCUAGAAUGUCUCUUAAUCCUUUAACAUUAGAUAGGGAUAGAAUGUAUAUUGUUAAAAAAUGUCCAUAUUUGAUUCAGGAAAUGGUGAGCUGCGUCUCUCAAUUAAUUUUAAUGGCUUACGCCAAAAGAUUAAAAAAUUUAAUAUUUAUUGAAACCGUGGAAAACGUUAUGAAACUCUGUCCAAUGAUAGUUCAAGGUUUAUGGGAAUUCAAAAGUCCGUUACUUCAAUUACCUCACAUAACGGAAGAUCAUCUUAAAUUUUUUUUUUCUAAAAAGAGGUCUAUAAAAACUAUACAGCAAUUAGCCCAAUUAAAAUCGGAUGAAAGAAGAAACAUUCUUAAAAUUUUGUCUGACGAACAAUAUGAAGAUGUUAUGAAAGUUAUGGGUAAAAUGCCUUACAUUGAAUGCAAAGUGAGAUGUGAAGUUAUCGACGAUGAAGCAACUACUGUAUACACAGCAGGAGCUAUUGUCACUGUAACGGUAAAUUUAAUACGGCGUGAUAUGAGUACUUUGUUUGGUGAUGAUAGUCUUAAUGAAGAAACAAUAGAUGAGACUGAAAACAAGGAAGAAAAAGAACCGCAAAAUGUUGUGAAAAAGCCUAUUUGGCAAAAGCAAAACAAAAGGAGUAAAAAUGUUAAAAAUAAAAAACACACGAAAAAAACCUCCAAGUCUACUUCUGGUUCUGGUAUGGCCUCGAAAGGCGCCGGCGAAAACGGAAGUGUUGUUAAUAAUAAAGUUAAUACAGAUAAUAUUAAAAAAGAAAAGGAAAAAGAAGCGGGUGAUAGUGAAAGCGGUCUUAGCGAUGACGGAGAUCAUAGUGAUGAUGAAGAUAAUGAAAAUGACCAGGGUGACAAAAAGGAUUCAUCUUUAGAAGAUGAUGAUGUAGAAUGGGAAAGACUUCAAACCAAAAUCACUAAACGUGACAAGGUGCUGGAAGGGAAAAGCAAAUUAUCUCAUACAGUUCAUUGCCCAUACUUUCCACAAGUGAAACAAGAAUAUUGGUGGGUGUAUGUUUCGGACAGAAAGUCUAGAACUUUAUUGACGGCUCCCUACCAUGUCACGGCCUUAGUUCAUGAAGAAACCGUGCAAUUAAAAUUUACGGCCCCUAAAUGGCCAGGACUUUACACAUUCGCAGUUUGCCUUCGUAGUGAUUCCUACUUAGGAGCAGAUCAAAUGCAUGACAUUAAGCUCGACGUGAAAGAAGCUCCGGAAGUUCCUAUCGAACAUCCUCAAUGGCAUAAUGUUUCAGAUAUUGAAGAAGGGAAUGAAGGAGACAAUUUUGAUAUUAGUGAAUUUACAACGGACGAAGACAUCGAAGAUCAAGAUUAA